UUUGGCCGUCGGCAAUCAGCAUGGCCGUAGGUGGGACGUGCGGCUCGGCAGGGCCAGUUUAAAACAAAUUCCGGAGGGACUUUUAAUUUUAAGUUAUUAGUGGAGAUGCAUCCUUAUCAAACGAAUAAUCGAUUUCAUAACCCUGGAUUUCAUUCUUCAGACCGACGGCCACUCUAGGUCGACGAGCCUUCCAACACCGGUAUCAUCAUUCCUUACUUCGGGGGAGCGCACAGGAUUUCUCUGCUGUGAUCGCAAUUUUGCGUCCAAUUUUGUCCGAGUGGGGGGCCUCCAGCCCUCGUGUAGCAGCCUGAGGAAGCAUGCGUGAGCUGCCCGGUCCCCACCUGAGUGCCGCUGCUGCCCAGGUGAGCCACCGGCCGCAGCAGCUGGCAGCCAGAGACCUCCCCGGAAGUUGGACCACUGGGCUUGUGGAGCUGCCUACUGUGGCUGCUCUGAACUGAGGCAGCCUGGAUUCUCACAGCAGAGAAUCUAUGGCCAAGUCUGAAAUUCCAAGCAUAGUGGUCCAAACGGGGGGUUGCCCAAUGGAAGGGGGCGGGCGUGGGACCAAUGGGUCGUCCCCGCCCCCAGCCCCUCCCCCCUGCGGCCCACCACCCCCUCGUGUCCAGCCUGUGCGGCUCUCCAAGCAGCCUGAGGUGGAGAUGGCUGAGGAACAGGCAUCGGCUCCGACACCUGUCACCAUCCGGCUGGAAGUGGGCACCGAGGAGGAGGCUCCCCAGCCAGUGGACAAUACCAGCCGAGCCUCGGCACAGCGGCUAAAGGUGCUAGUGCGCAGCCACGCACUCCGAGAUGACGCUUCGCCACCUCUGGAUCUCUCGCCCGAGGCAGCCACGGCCUCGCCACAGAUGCUGUCGGUGCAGGGCCCCGCGAGUUGCAAGGCAUUGCCUGGCAACAAACCGGCCCGUUUGAGCAAGCAGGGCACCAGCAGCUCCCAGGGAAGCCUGGAGGGAUCCUCACCCAGUCUCUCAAGAGACUCUAGCACGGAGACGUACACUGACUCAACGGGUGUGGACCUGGAGCAGUUCAUAGUGGACACACUGCACAAGAACCACAAGGACCGGGUGAUGAUGCUCAAGAUCGAGCAGGACCUGCUCUCCCUCGUCAAGGACAACAAAAGGCAGUCAUUCAAGUUUGCCCAGAUGAGCUCUUACCACCGCAUGCUGGUGCACCGGGUGGCAGCAUACUUUGGCCUGGACCACAACGUGGACCAGGCUGGCACGGCUGUCAUUGUCAGCAAGACACGCAACACUCGCCUACCUGACAUCCGGUUCAAGGACCAGAUUCGUGAUGACCUGCUGUCUGAGGAGCCCAAGAAGCUGAUCCUCAAGCGGGACAGUGCCUCCUUCGAGGAUGGCAAGGAGAGCCCUGAGCGACAGUUGUCUCUGGAUUCGAGGAGGAGCAAGUCGAUCGAGGAGCGAGAGGAAGAGUAUGAGAAGGCCCGUGCACGCAUCUUCAACCAGGAUGAAGGGGUUGGGGACUCCCCCGCCAGCCGCAGUAGCCAGGAGGAGCUUCAGUGGAGCGGCGACAAUCGCCCCUGGAGCAGCACAGAUUCGGACUCGUCGGAGCGGCGCCGGCACUUGGGGGCGCGCCUCCUGCUCGCCCCCAAGGCAGCCGAGGGGGUUGCGCAGGGUGAGCCACUGGCGGGGGGCAAGUUCUACUCGGUACUGACCAAGGGCGGUGGGGUUCCGGGUGGCCCAGCUGUGACCAAGGCGAGCAGCUUUGGAGGGGUGUCCCUGCUGCAUCGGGACUCCAGCCUCACGGAAGCACGCAACGCUGCCCUCAGGGCAGUCAAGGCUGACUCGUUCAACGUGAGCUCGCUACCGACGGUGGUGCAGGCGCCACCGCUUGUGGCGACCUCACCCUCUGAGGUGCCCUCGCUUACGUCGGCUGCACCGGAGUCGACAGCAUCCACGGGGCCACAGGUCGGUGAGGAAGCAAGCUCCGUGGCUCCUGCCCAAGCACCUCAUCCACCCCCUGCCGCUGCUCCACCGGCACCUCGGCCACAGCUUUAUGUGGCACAGCUCCCAUGGGGUGCUGCACCUAGGGAAGGAGGCGCUCUGUCAUUGCCACCUGUCUGGCCAUUGGCAGGACCGUCGGUGCUGGAAGCUGCACCCUUGGCUCCAACGGGCCUGCUGCUCAACCCUCAGGCUGUUGCUGGCGUGCCGCUGAUGUCGCCAGAUAUGGCAGGCGGGCUGGUCCAAGGGGUGCGGCCUCGAGGGGGCCCUGCCCCCUUGGGCGGUGGCAGCCUGUUGUUGAGUCCCCUGGCCCCACCGCGGGGACCAGUCCCUUCCCAUCCUCACCAUCACCACCAUCACCACCACCACCACCAUCCACACCAACAGCAGCCACCGCAGCAGCUGGUGUAUUUGCCUUACGUACAACCGCCGACCAACAUGGAAGCCCGCAAGCCUGGCCUUCUGGAUACUCAGGAGCCACCAGGAUGUGAGACAGUGGCAGGCCAGCUGAGUUCGCUCACCUUGGUCGGGGCCGAGUCUGCCGAAGGUGCUGGUGGAACAAUGCACCAUCAAGGGGGCUUUCUGCUUCAGGCUCCCCUUCAGCCGGGCUUCCUAGCACUGCAUGGGCAUCCGCCGCCCACCCCGCAGCAACAGCAACAGCAGCAACAGCAGCAGCAGCAACAGCAGCAACAACAGCAGCAGCAACAACAGCAGCAGCAACAGCAGCAGCAACAUCAGCAACAGCAGCAUCAGCAUCAGCAGCAGCAUGGAGCAUCUACAGUCUCUGUCCAGGGUCCCAUUUAUUAUGUACAGCCAGCACCCCUGACAACAUGUGGGCGCAACUACGUUACCUCGGUGCCUGAAGCUCAUGCAAAUUCACAUGUGGGCCUAGCAGCGGCGAGCCCCCAGGCAGGUGCUCUGGUUGCUGGCAGCCCAGUCGGGGGGGGAUCGUAUCCUGUGUGGGGCUACUAUGCACCUCCCAUGGCUGCGGCUGGCCUGAGCAAUGGUGCGGCUGAGCCAGGGCCUCCUUCCCACACGGCCUUUCUGGGGACCUUUGCAGCACCCCUGAUGGGGCAAGGCGAGCCCUACCACCACCACCACCAACAACAACAACAUAUGCCACCACAGGCUGCUGCACCUCCUCACCACCAGCACCAGCAGCUGGUGCCCAUGUACCUGGUAGCCACCAGCCCGCCUGCUGUCCCACCCCACCAGCAGCCACCUCCACCUGCCAGCCUUCCCCUGCGGUACCUGCGGCCACAGACGCCUCCAUCCAGCACAGCGCAGGCGCAGCAGCAGCCCCUGGUGGGCUAUGCCCUCUGCUCAGCUGGACCACCCGUUGUGCCACCCCAGCACCCACUGCCGCCCAUGGUCACCGCCUUCCAGUCACUGGUGCCGUGUGUGGCGAGGCCUGCUGUGGCGAGCAAUGCAGCAGGAGCUAGCCGUGCCUCCCUGGUUGGGCCAACCUCAUUUGCUGUGGGCUUACCGGCCUGUGGCAUGGCCAAAAGCGGCACACCCUUCCUCGGCAUGGGAGCACCCACGCACCCUUCGGCGACGACACCGUAUGGGGAUGGUUCAAUGGGAGAAAGAAUGGCGUCCAGUGGAGAUGCUUCGUCUAUGGGGAGCAUGGGGAUGUCUGGAGGAGAGGAUGGACAGCAGCAGCAUCACCAGCAGCGCCAUCGUGGGGGAGCUGGCCGCAACGGGUCACGAACUCCAGCUGCUAUGAGUCAGCCCGCCUCCACUGUGGCUGCCAUGGCGGCCCUGUACCGUUCACGGGGCCUCUCUCUGCUGCCAGACGUGCGGCUGCUUGGCCACCCGCUGCAGCAACAUCACGAGGGGCCACCACCAGCCAUGCUGAGGGGAGCACUGCGGAUUGUGUCACAACCCCCACCUGCCCCAGCCACCCUGGGGCCUCGUCCACCCCGAAGUGCCCGCAGGCAGCCGCGAGCACCACCCCGUGCCCCCUCCAACCCGCCCAGCUCGGCCCCUUUGCCCACAACGUCUAGCACAACUCCUGCGACAACGUCGGUGGCAGCAGGGGGCGGCCAGGUGUUGGAAGUGCUGGGCCUGGCCGAGGGUCUCGCGCCCACCGAAGUGGAGCAGCAGCUGGAGCCCCUGUUGCGGCUCGGGGCACAGCUGAAGCGGGUUGGCACGAGCCCGUCACAGCUGCUGGCCUGCUUCGACUCUGCAGCUGCUGCCCAGGGGGCCCUCCUCAUCUCUGGCCUGCCCUUUCAGCUGCGACCUUUGCCCACAGCGGCCUCUUCUUCCUCCACCGAGCUGCUACCCCCACCACCUCCAUCCAGCUAGCGCCUCUUCGUGAUGAUAUGCUGCGAAGAAGUGCCAAGCAUGCAAAGAGCUGGGCAUGGCAGGACAUCCGACGGCCACCCGGCAGGAAACCUCGCAGUGAAUCUGUCGCGACUCUAUUGUGUGGUUCAAGGGGCUGUCCAGUAGUGGCCUCUUGUGGCAAGUUGCGUGAUUGUCUGGCAUGUAAAGUGUAAAUUUUUGCUCUUGAUCGUUUCUCGUUCUGGGUAGCACCUCUCACGGACAGUGGCUACCUGGUGUCAAGGGGAGGGCACAUGCUGUGCUGCCAAGUGCGCCUUAAGAUUAAUUGAAACAGUACAUUGACAAGUAUGGCUUCUUUGCCAGGUGAUACCGCAGCCACCAGAAGAGAUCAUUGCUACAUGGCAACUAACACACUCGAAAUACUCUUGAAGGCACCAGACAUAAAGGAGUGAAAAAAGUACUACCCAUUCCGACACACUACAAAGCAUCCCUCGAAAUGGGGAGCGCCUGGGAAAGACAUUCAGGCCACUGUGGUUGGCUCUAAACACAUCACGAGUGGAACAUCAGUGAGCCCCAGGUAUGUUUUUAAGUUAACAAACACGUGCUUGAAAGCAUGAGCGACAGUUUCAGUUGUGCUAGAAUUUGGCUUAUUUUAUGUACUAAAGACAUUGUUGGUGCAUCUGAAACAAUUUGUAGCGAUAAUUUAAGGAUGUUCAAUUCUGCCACAUUGUGCUCAUUGUGAGCAUAUGUUGGUUCUCCUAAAGCUGCCGCGAUGUGGUACUGAGUUUUUUUUUGGGGGGGUGGUCAAUGUGGUAACCGGUUCAUUCUUAUAUAAUAGCCCUGGUUUCCUUUCUGAGAAGUUGCGCACAUCUCUUAAACUGAUAAUGCGAUGCUUUCUGCACCCUCAUACAGUAAAGUUAAUGUUUUCCCAA